UUUGUGUUUUUUUUUUUUUUUUUUGGAUUCUUUAUCCCAAAUGUUGCUUGACGCUAUCUUUCUGAUACCCACAUUAUUUACCUAUUGCCUGAUCCUGCUGCUUAUCUUCAUAUUGUGCUUUAUAGUGGUCUAUAUAAGUCAUAAGAUUUACAUAUCCGUCUAUGAUAAUUUGCCACUUUCCGGUGGUCCUGGCUCGAAUCGAAUGAUGAGCAUGCGGGACUACAUGGAGAAGUCAACAAGUCGCAGCGGGCGUUCAAUGCAGGCCAGCAUGCGCUCCAUAUGGAUACCAAAUCGUUCCCAAAUCGAUGUAUCAACUUCGGUGCGGAUUAUUCUUACGUUGGAGCCAUGCUAUUUGGUUAGCGUUGAGUUUGAUAUUGAUUCCAGAGAUCGGGCCAUUAGUUUUAUGUGUCGCUGCCAACAAGAUAAUGCGCCGGUAUGCGCUGCUACUGUCCAACAUGGUCGGAGACCAUCCACCACCCAUAUAAUACGCUUCUAUGAUCAUUUAACCAAAAUUCCACGUCUCCGGGUUAUGCAAAAGUGCAAUCAACGUGGCGUAGACACGCAUAUGGACUCGCAUAUGCGUGUCACUCUGGACGAUGUUAUAAUGAAUGCCCUAGAUGCCCACUGUACGGACAGUGCGGCAGCCUGCCGUGCUCCAUAUCAAAGGCGUUCCACAGCACAGAGAGAUCAAGAAUAAACCAGGGAGAGAAAGAGAACAAGCUCAAGCUAAAGCUGAAUUUGAAGUAUAGUUGGCUUAAUUUUUGCAUUUAUAAAUAGAUUUUGAAUAUUUGCUAUAUUA